AUGGUGGACAUACUGAAUUGGGACUGGAGGGAGGUGGCCCAGCCAUAUCUGGACAGGAGGACAGGAUGCUGGACUCAGUGGUUUGACAGAGACAAUCCCAGUGGAACUGGAGACUGGGAAACACUGUCCAGUCUUCUUAAAGCGAAUCCAGGAAAGAUCUGCACUCAGCCAAUAGGUGUUGAGGCCAAAACUCUAUCUGGACUCACUGCAGCUGCAGCAGGGGAUGUGAUUUUUAAGAGUGACACUACAUCAGGAUUCAUCUGCAGAAAUAAGGACCAACCCAAGAAGAAGUGGUGCAAUGAUUAUCGUGUUCGUUUCAGCUGCCCCCCCUCUUUCUGUAAUCCAGGAUGCUGGACUCAGUGGUUUGACAGAGACAAUCCCAGUGGAACUGGAGACUGGGAAACACUGUCCAGUCUUCUUAAAGCGAAUCCAGGAAAGAUCUGCACUCAGCCAAUAGGUGUUGAGGCCAAAACUCUAUCUGGACUCACUGCAGCUGCAGCAGGGGAUGUGAUUUUUAAGAGUGACACUACUUCAGGAUUCGUCUGCAGAAAUAAGGACCAACCCAAGAAGAAAUGGUGCAAUGAUUAUCGUGUUCGUUUCAACUGCCCCCCCUCUUUCUGUAAUCCAGGUACUCUCAGAGCAUGA